AUGGCGAUGCUCCAGUCCGCCGUUGACGUGGCCAAGACCCACGAGAUCAUGGCCCGCUUCCGGCCCAUCGCCCCCAAGCCCGCUCUCCCCCCGCUCCCCGACGGCCCAUCUGACCACUCCUCCCCAUCCCCAUCCCCCUCCUUCGCCUCCGCCUCCGCCGCCGCCCUCCACCUUCGCGGCCGCCCCUGCCGCGCCCGCAAGCGCGGCCGCUCCACCCUCGCCUCUCUCCCCUCCAAGCGCCCGCGCACCCCCUUCUUUCCACCACUCCUCCCCUCCACCACCCCGGCCCAACUGGGCCUCGCCCGUGGGCUCCCUCUCCUCCCCUCCUUCUCCGCCCCCGAAAAACCGCCCAUCAAAACCUCCGGCGACCCCCUCACCCUCUCCCUCCUCCCACCCAACCCCUCUCCGGAUUCCGACCGAGACCUCGUCUCCGUCGCCCCCCCGCGAGGAAUCCCCGUGGAGCGGGACCUCCUCCAGAAGCUCCAGCAGCCCAAGGUCAUCGUGCCACUGCCCAUCCGGCCCGUGGGCUCGAGCAUCACCAUCGGGCCCAUCACCCUCGACACCGGCCCCGCCCCGCCGGCGCCUGCGAAGAAGCCCCAGGAGGUGGAGGAGGAGGUGGAGUCCGACCUGCUCCCGGCGGUCGUCUCCGACUCCCGGAACCGGGUCCGGAUCGCCAAUUCAGCUUACAAGGAGAUGGUCGGGCAGCCGGAGUGCCCCUGGCUCGACUUGAUGGCCUCCGUCGGCAGCCGCAGUCUCGGGAUGCGGCUGGCGUCGAGGAGGAUCAGCGGAGCGGUGAUGCUCGACCUGUCGGAGUCGUCGGUGCCGCUGACGUCCAAGGGGUUCUCAUGCAGGGCGAGGAUACAGUGGGCAAGCAACGGCACCAAGACCUUCAUCCAUGUGCCUUGUGAUGUGAGAAGGCUCUACUGCGACUCCAAGGAUUAUCUCUUCACCUGGAGGUUUCGCACCGCCGAGGCUUCUGUCAGCUACUGCAAAGCUUGAAUGGCUCCUCAUCAUUGUCUUCCAUCUUUACUGCUAUCUUAUGUAAAUGAUAUAAGAACAGAGUGCUAGUAGAAGCGAUACUAGACUGGAGCUGUAUAGAAAUGAAAUCAUUUAAAUUGAAUAUUUAUUUA